AUGGAAAAAUAUAGCGGUAGUUUGAAAGGCAUAGAUUUGGCCAAAUUCGACUUUCCCCAAGCUCGGAGUGAUUGGAAGAUUGAAUAUGAGAAUGAACAAACACAACAAGCAUCAGUUGAGUUCCGAGCCCACAUUCAAAUCCCUCUUAAAAAAAAAUUUUUAACCAGCAGUCCUACUGAGUUAGAACUAGAAUACGAAGAUCGAGAAGAUAGUUUAAAUGGAAAAGUUUAUUGGG